AUGCUGCUCAUGUGGGUCGCCGGCCUCGCGCUCGGGUGGGCCGGAGUCUACGUGUUCCUGCACCUGAGUGCGGACGACGACAACGACAUCCACGUGCUACCAGCUUUUGUCUGCAAGGAGAUCUCGUGGUUCAACGAGCGCGUCUUCGAGCUCGGCCGGCAGUACCCCACGGGGCUCAAGACGUGGUUCGCCGCAGGCAGCAUCGUCGCGGGCGCUGGUAUGGCGAUAGGCACGGUCUACAUCACAUGGACACUCGUCAUGCUCGUCGUGCAGAAGCUCGCGCGCGUCGAAGUCGACGUACCGCUCUCGGACGCCUCGAUCAUGAUUCCAGGCGUGACGAUGCCCAUGAAUGCGACCGUCUACCUCUGGGCCACCGUGUUCCUCGCCGUUUCCUUUCACGAAUUUGGCCAUGCGCUUGCAGCCGCGCUUUGCGAAAUCCGCAUCAAGUCGGUCGGUAUCUUCUUCGCGGUCGUCUUUCCCGGCGCGUACGUGCGCUUUGACAGCUACUUUAACGUCGGUCUUCUGGACCAAAUCAAGAUCCAGAGCGCAGGCAUCUGGCACAACGCGGUCCUCUGCUUUCUUUGCGUUGUGCAGCUUCAGUUGCUCCCGUUCUACCUCUCGCCUUUCUUCGACGUCAACCAAGGAAUGACAGUCAUUGCGAUCCCGGAAAUGUCGGCGUUCGAGGGCAUCGUGUCACUUGGUGACGUCAUCGUGUCUGUGGACCAUCAACCGACGCUCAACUGGGGCCAGUGGCGCUCCGAGAUUGAUUAUCUCGCCAAGCUCGUCGAGACGAACGAGCUCAAAGACCACGGGUACUGCAUCCCGUCAGCCUUGCUUCAGCUACACCACUCCGCAAUGACCGAGUCAUCUUGCUGUCGGCCCGACACGGACAGCAACGCCGAGUGCUUCUCGUACAACCACGGUGCACUGCAGACGUGCCUCGAUGGAAAGCAAGUCGGCGACCUCUCGACGCACCGUUGCCAUGGCGACGCGAGUUGUGCGGACGACGCGCACACGUGCGUGACGCCUCGCAUCCAGUCGAUGCAAACGCUCAUGCGUCUCGCCUUCCAGGACGGCCGCGUUGUCAUGCUGCACGGGUUCCCCGCCGACCUCCAUGCCGAGCUCGAGUCUGUAUCGGUUUUGGAGUUUCCUGCUCAACAUCUCGGGCACGAUUGGCUUCUUCAACGCACUCCCGAUACAUUACUUUGA